AUGGCGAGCUGGCCGGGGCCACUGGCCAGGCACUGGAGGCGCUGCGAGUGCGACAACGAUUGCAAGAUGGCUGGCGGAGUGCCUCGGGCCAAGGGUGCUGUGCGGCAGGACUGGACGUGCAAGUCCUGCGUCAGCAAGAGAGGGCGAGCGGUCGUCAACUGGGGGACGGCGCUCAAGUGUCAGGGCUGCAGGCUGUCCAAGGCCACGUGCUUCGGGGCGAACGUCCCGCUCCCUGCGGCGGCCAAGUCGAAGUCGAAGUCGGGUGCGGCGCCUGGCGGCGGCAGCGGCAAGGCCCCUCCCUGGGCUGGGCCGCCGCUUUCGGUGCAGCUGGCCCAGGCGCAGCGCGAGCUUGCGGACCUCAAGAAGCAGCUCAGGGCCAGUGGGCCUGCCAGCGCCGGCGGGCCGCUCGGUGGGGCGCAGGCCAUGGAGGUCGACGUCGGCGAGGGCGCAGGUGCUGGCGACGCGGCGGUGCUUGCCGAGAUCCACAUGUACGAGUCGGGCCUGCACGCCAUCAAGGAUCAGACGGCGGACUGGGCCACGGCGCCGCGGGAGGAGCUGCGCGCCAGGCUGGAGAACAAAGCGCGGCUCUUCGCCAGGAAGCCACUCCACGCACGGACGCACGCCAUCGCCAACAAUGCCAAGCAGUGCGCCAAGCGCUUGGAGAAGGCGGAGGGCAGCAAGCGGAAGGCGCAGGAGGCCUUGCGGCGGGCCGUGGAGGAGGUUGAGCGCGCGGAGAAGGUGCAUGCGGACCUUGCCAGCACCGCAGGAGAGGUGCGUGAUGGCGCAGAGCGGGACGGGCAGUCCCAGCCAGCGCCCGAGGCAGCAGCGCCUGGAAGCGGCAGCGGUUCAGCCGUCGUGCCGCGCUGGCAGCCUGAGGAGGAGUCGGUGGAGCAGCUCCAGCAGCGGCUGCGGAAGCAUGGCCUGGAGCUCGAAGCGGGGGAUUUCAGCCUUACUAGGACCCUGCUGAUCCUCAGCACGUGGUUUGGCGCCAUGGCGAAGGGCAGCAUCUUCAUGGCGAGCGUGACGGCGGGGGGGUCCUUGGCGCCGUGCGUCGAGGGCUCUUGCGAGCGGGCAGAGGCCGUGGUCCUCGUGGUCCAGGAGCAUCACGCCAGGGAACACGACAUGCUGGCCGCCUUGCAGCAGGCCAUGCUGGACCACGGGUGCGCGGGGCUCUGGACACCAGCGGUCCAGGGGCCCCGCAGCGAGGAAGGCACCUCGGGCAGGGUGGCGGUGCUUGCGCACUCGCACAUCAUAGUCACCAGCCCGCCUUUCCUGGAAAGGCUGCUAGGCGGCGGCCGCCAUGUCAGCGGCGCAGUCCACCUCGCGCAGGUCGCGCGGCGCCGCGGCGCAGGCAGCCCGUGCUCGGGCUGCACUGUGCCGAACCUGCAGAUGCUGUCCGUGCAGCCUGCGUGGAACGCCUCCGACGUCGACCCCGCGUCGGAGAUCCAUGUCACUUUCCAGGAUUUCGUGGAAAAGGUCCCGCACAGGGGCGCGAGGAUCCGCGUCUUCCCCACGGCGCUGCGCUCGCUGUGCGAGCGGCCCGACACGCAGUUCCUGUACUACCCGACGGACACGGGCCCUGGCGACGCCACGGCUGCGGUCGACCCCUCCGCUGACACUCUCGGCGUCCCCGGCUCGUUUGUCUGCCAGGAGUACGAGAUUGGCGACGAGGUGAAUGUGCAAGUGAACGGCGAGACUCUGCAGAUCAGGCCGGAACAUCCUCUCAUGCGGAACACGCAGUACACGGUGGAGAUACCACCUUGGACGAUCCGAGGCAGCGUCGUCGGGGCGCACGCCGACGCCAUGUGGCUCGGCUGGCCCAGCGACGACAGCGCGGGCGACAAGGAGUACACCUUCACCACCGGCGCCCCGACGGGCUCCUCCGCCGCGCGGGCGCUGGUCACUGUCGGCUGCGGCGCGGAGGCCGAGUGUGACGUGCGCCGCGUGCAGUUGGACCGCGAGGUGGACGGCGUUCUGGCCAGUGUUCCGUGCUUUCUGGCGUGGUACCGUUGCCAGGCCGACCGCUCCUCGCCACGGCUGUGCGCGAGCCCGCCCGGGGACGGCUGCGACUCUGGGGCGCCGUCCUGGAAGGAAGCGAGCGUGAACUCCGAGGUCGCGGCCAGCGGAUCUCAGCUUCUAGGUCGCGCGCGUCAGGCCGCCCACGGCGAGCCCGUGCGGGCGAAGCUGCUGCGCGAGCCGCUGAGCUGCCCCUGGUGGGUGUGGCUCCACGCAUGCCUCUGCCUCUGCUCCGCGGCCUGCGCCGUCUUCCGCGCCGCGGCCUGGGCCUGUGACGCGUACCGCGAGUCCCGCGAGUUCGACCCGUACGUGUGUCAGACCACGCGCUGGUUGCCCUACAGGUGCGCGCUCGCCGCCCUGCUCGCGCCGCUGCUCGCCGGCGUCGCGGGCGUGGCCGUGGCCGUGCCGGCGUUCUGGGGCAUGGUGGGCCCCCUGCGGGAGAUCCCCAUGAACCCGCACCUGGACUCCUACGUGAUCGCCAAGCACCUCAAUGAGCAGGUGGAGCACGCCUACGCGGCGACCGUGUCGUGCUCCGCGGGGGUGGUUGCUGCGAUGGCGUUCGGGGUCAUUGCGCGCUUCAAGGGCAUGUUGAGCGACAGGGGGCAGUUCCUCGCGCUGAUCUCCGUGAUCCUCGCCUGCUCCGCCGCCUGCGGCGGGGCCAGCGGCUGGCUUGCGGCGGCAGGCGUCGACGAGCUACGCGAUGAGCAGACCGGCUUCGAGGUCACCAUCCUGUCGAUCGUCCUCAGCGUGGUUGCCUCCGUGCUGCUCACGGUAAUUGUGGUCCCCUCGCUGGCCGUCCUGGCGUUCUUGCAAGCUGACGGCAUUGGCGACGUGCUGAAGUAUUACUUUCGGUUCGCCUACAUGCAGCUCUUUCACUGGAGGGACGCGGGGAAGCCAGUAGGCUCCUGGUCGCGGUGGGUGCUGCACGUCCGCGAGGAGGAGAGGUCUCGACGGGGCGCCAGCGGCCAGGCCGCCGAGUGA